AUGAUUGAUGAUAUCCGCAAUAAAGCUGCUAUCGGGGAUCCGAAAAGAUUCUUAGUGUUAGUCAAUCCAGUAGGCGGGCAGGGCAAGGCUAUUAGAUAUUACAACGAGAAGGUAUUCCCAAUACUCCGAGCAUCAGGUUGUAAGAUAGAUUUCCAGAUGCUUGAAUAUAAACUGCACGCUUACGAUAUUGGUAAGGAAAUGCAGCUAGAUUAUGAUGGCGUAUUGUGUGUUAGUGGGGAUGGUGCAAUACACGAAGUUUUGAAUGGCUUUAUGAAACAUCAGACCCCAAUAAAGGCACUUCAGAUGCCAUUAUGUCCUAUUCCAGCAGGAUCUGGUAACAGCUUGAGCUUAUGCUUGCUCGGAUUAGAGGAUGGCUGUAACAUAAGUUUAGCAACGCUCAAUGCAAUAAAAGGAAACCCAAUGCCACUAGAUUUAUUUUCAAUCGUACAAGGCAACAAACGCACCUUAUCUUAUCUCACUCAAGCCACUGGUCUGAUGGCAGAUUUGGACAUUGGAACUGAGGGUAUGAGAUGGUUAGGAGAUACGCGAUUUGUAAUUGGAUACGUUCGGUCACUCAUCACGAAUUCUCCAUGUCCUUGUGAGAUAUACGUAAAGAUAGACGAAGACAACAAGGAUGAGAUGAUCAAACAAUUACGUGAGAGGAAAUUGGAUUCACCGGUGCCAUCAUUACCACAAUAUGGUGAAGAGUUACCUCCAGUACAGUAUCCAAAUGGUGCUGAACCCGAUUGGGAGAAAGUCUCCGGAGAUAUAUCCUACUUAUACGCUGGACAAGUACCUUGGGUAUCUAGAGAUUUAAAACAAUUCCCUGUUUCGAUACCAAAUGAUGGUUAUAUUGAUAUAGCAGCUCAACUGAAUGUUUCUCGUUUUCAAAAAAUAAAAGCCAUGGAUGGCGCAGAGAAUGGUAAGAUGUUUUACGAUCAAUCGUUGAAAUAUUACAAGGCAAAAGCUUACCAUUAUAAGCCACUGAGAACAGAUGGAUAUAUCUCAAUAGAUGGCGAAAAUUCACCAGUUUUACCAUUUACCGUUGAAGUUUUACCCUGUCUCGCAAGAGUGAUAUCUCCAUAUUAUACCUGGAACAACAACUUCUAA